CUGAUCAUGCACUAUCAAGCUGCACUUACAGCAGACUUUACCGCCACGUGACUUUAGUAGGCGGGCUUCGUGCUGGAAUUUUUACACGGCUGGCUGAGAAUACAGACAUGGACGAAUGCGCCCGGAAAUGCUGCGCGCGAAGGUCAUGUGAUGCUGCGAUCCACAUGAGAGCAACAUGCUUUGGAUUGCAGUGUUCCAGUUCAAAGCUCUGUAGUACCAGGCCGUCACGUCUAAAGAACUUUUCUCUUCACAUAAUGUAUAUGUACAGAGGAGAAAGCAAUGCUCGCACUAAACCAACAGAAACUUUCAAGACAACAGAACCAUCUUUAGAAGACCUUCUCGGUGAAGUCAAACUCACGCAGUCUCCAACAACUAAGUCACCGCUGAACAACAUGCUCGGUUUUCCUCGCAUGGAAAACAAUCAUGUGACUAGUUCUGAGCCUUUAUCUGAGUGCUCUCAAGGACUGAUGGUCAACGAUGUUAUUUUAAAUGGCGGGAUGGGUGCUGGCGAGGUUUUUCAGUUUCCCCACGUGAAUGACAUACAGCUCUGUAUCGAGAAAUGUUGUUUGACAACAAAAUGCCACUUGGCUUAUGUCAUACAAGAGGUUUGUUACACCGUAAAUUGCUUCAGCCGUGAUCUCUGUCGAACAAGACCUAUCGAAGACACAAUGGUACACUCAGUUAUCGCUUACAUCAAGAGAAAUGGCUUAGCGAUGUUCAGCAGCGCUGACGAAGCGAGCGUGGUGCAGCUUGGGAACGCGAGCAUUGCUUUACCAGCACGUAAACCAAGUCCUACCGCUGGUGUAGUUGACGCUUCUCAGAACAGCAUGAUCUGCCAGCAAGACAGAACGUUUUACAACGUGCAGCUGAAAGGAGGUUGGAGCGCUGGUCGAUUUACCGACAGAGGCCUGGUAAUGGAUAUCAGUCAGUGUACGGGGAUCUGCUGUGAGGACAGAUCAUGUGACCUGGCCUACACGGAGGAUCAGCGGUGUUACACGGUGAAAUGCAACAAUCAAGACGCGUGCAAGCUUAUCGAAGCCAGUCCUCUUGCGGUCAAGACUGCCUUGGCUUACGUCAGUAGGCUAAAAGACAAGGAUGUUUUGCAAGUAACUUCACGACCGACUGAGCCGACUGCGGCAAGGUUACAAUCUACGGUUGUCAAGAAUGUUAAUGAACAUGGUAGUCACCACAAAGAAGACGAAAAACAGGAUGCCUCAAAACCAUAUCAUGUCCUGAAACAGAACUUAGAUAAACACAAACAUCAUCAUCAUCACCAUUCCAAUAAAGGUGAACAGAAGUGUCCCGCCAAAAGAUACGGCUGCCAGCAUCACUGUAUUCAUCUCCCAGAUGGAGGUCACCGCUGCAUGUGUCGCCAUGGUUACAACUUGGCGCAAAAUGGAAGACAUUGCGAAGACGUGGACGAAUGUACUGAUAGUAUGCAUGGUUGUCAACACGAAUGCGUUAAUAACGACGGUGGUUAUCGGUGCGAGUGCCGCAGUGGAUUCAUGCUGAACAAAGACUUGAAACAUUGUGACGACCUUGAUGAAUGCACCAUGGGUGUCCACAGCUGUGAGCAGUCCUGCCUUAACACUCUUGGAAGCUACAGCUGCUCCUGUGAAGAAGGUUUUCAACUCCGAGCGGACAAACGAAACUGUAUAGAAAUCACUGAAAUGGGAUCCAAGAAAGAUGAAGAUCAUCCCGCCUUCUCUGGACUAGAAAUUCCAACAACGAUAACUCAAGCACCAAAGGAUCUCACAGUAACCCAGUUUAAAUCUGGGAUCUUUCACUGUAAUGCGCGAGGUCACCCAGCCCCUCAUAUCGCCUGGGCAUCAGGACCAAACGGCGACCAACCCAUUCCUGCUGAAGAUAGGUUCAGAAUUCUACCCACCGGCUCAUUGGUGAUUCGUCAUGUAAAUUUCACUGAUCAAGGGAUGUACCGAUGCGUGGCGUCCAACCCCGCUGGGAGUGCAACGGCUGCAGCAAGUCUUACUUUGAACGACUUUGACGAAUGCAAAGCCCACAGCCAUGACUGUCAGCAGUCUUGUGUUAAUACCCAAGGCAGCUUUAGAUGUGAAUGUCAUUCUGGAUUUAUUUUACAAAGAGACAGAAAGAGUUGUGAAGAUGUCGACGAGUGUAAUGUCGGAAGCCAUUUUUGUGAUGACCUUUGUCAGAAUACCCAGGGUAGUUUCACCUGUCACUGCAGGUCAGGGUUCAGACUGAUGGCGGACCUCAGAACUUGCUUAGAUAUCGAUGAAUGCACAGAGCCUAGCCAUGGCUGUUCUCAGCUGUGUAACAACACUCUUGGUAGUUACAACUGUUUCUGUUUGAAGGGUUAUUGGCUGCAAAAGGACAACAAAACAUGUGUUGAUAAGUACGUUAUGUUGGACAGUUCAAAACCAACCACGCUCUCAGCUGGUAUGGGAGCGUUCGUUGCAGUCGCAGGCGUAAGCGUGUUAAUCGUGAUUGGUGCUGUGAUGUGUGUUAUACGCUACAGAAGGAGAGCGAGACUUAGAGGUCUUGAAAUGGCAGAGGGUGAAAAGAAAUCUUUGUUUUCCUGGUUGGAGUAACCCGGAUUAUUUCAUGGACAAUUCAGAGCUUUAAAAUGUUCUGGUUCCUAUUGAGGUGACGGGAGAAGAUUGAAGAGUAGCGAUCUAUUUAAUCGCAAGAGAUAAGCUAUUUUCAUGAAAUUAGAGUCUUUGUAUCUAUUUUUAUACCGACUGUAAAGGUUUUUUAAUAAACUGAUUGAAUACAAAGCGAAGACGUUACUGUGCACAGCGAUAGAAAAUUUUUUUUUUUUACUGUAUAUCAUGAACUCAAGAAGCUCUCAAAUGUUGUAAAGAUAGCAAUAUUUAUCAUAUUUUUUUCUCGUGCAUCAACUUUUUUUGUACCACCAUGUAACUAUGUUUCUCGUUCACAUUGUCACUUUUUUCCCUUUAAUAAUUAAAGAAAGCUUUUAUCCAUAUACAGUGACUGAAUGAGU